AUGUACGUACAGCACGCCUCUUCCUUAUCGAUAUCUUCCUCCUCCAUCUCUUUGGAGCUUGCGAAGCAACUGCACGAGCAGCAGCAGCAGCAGCAGCAGCAGCAGCACAACAGCAGCAGCAGCAGCAGCAAUCAUUUCAGCACAAGACAUUCGUUGGGCUUCGUUCUUGAGGGCCCUUCCUCCUCCGUCCCCCACAGAUUUUCUUGCAAUCCAGUGUUGUCCUUAAAUAGCCUCAGCAGCAGCAGCAGCAGCAGCAGCAGCAGCAGGGUGUUUGCUAAGGUUAUCCCUAGCAGGUGCUCCCAGGGCAGCGUCCGCCAAGACAAGCCCACUCAGCGAUUGCAGCAGCAGCAGCAGCAACAGCAGCAGCAGCAGCAGCAGCACCAGCAGCAGAACGAGCAUCGACUGCUGCAGCGCUCUUCAAAGGGAAUUACGCUGCAGCCACUGAACGCGCAGCUGCAGCAGCCGCUGCUGCAGAAAGAGCAGCAGCAGCAGCAGCAGCAGCAGUACUCUCUUCAGUGUCUCCCCAAGGACGUCCAGCAGAGGGUAUAUGCUUGCAAGCAGCAGCACCUGCAGCAGCAGCAGCAAAGGCGUAAGUGCCAGCAGCAGCAGCAGCAGCAGCAGCAGCAGCAAAAGCAAGAGCGUCAGUUUUAUUACAACCCUGCUUACUCAAUACAACAGCAGCAGCGGCAGCUUGAACUGCAGCAGCAGCAGCAGCAGCAAGUCGCUGCCCAGCCUUUCUCCUUUGGCCGCCAAAGAGCCGCUCACAGGUCUCGCCAGGUGCUUGCUUCUCUUAAUCCUGCAGCAGCAGAUAUUCACAAUAAGCAGCAGCAGCAGCAGCAGCAGCAGCAGCAGCAGCAGCAGCAGCAGCAGCAGCAGGAGCAGCAGGAGGAGGAGCAGCAAAGUAGCAGUAAAGGUGUUGUCUCUUGCUUUGUGCGGUGGAUGGCUCGCCAGCUGUUGGACGCGGUUUUAUUUCUUCACAAGCGAGGCAUUGCAAUGCGGGAUUUAUCGCUGGAGAAUGUGCUCGUGUUUCGCUGCGAAGCAACGGGCAUCAUCGUCCCCUGUCUUACAGACCCUGGCCAGGCGGUAGUAGCGCUUCCUUCUCGAACUGCUGCAGCUCUUGCUGCAGCCGAAAAGCAGCAGCAGCAGCAGCAGCAGCAGCAGCAGCAAGGGGGCAGCCUGGAUAGCUUCAAGCCCUGUGCUGUUCGAGACACUGACAGCAUUGUUCUUCGUGCUUUUGCUGCUGAGCCCUUCGCCUCUCCUCGCGUCCUCCUUCCUCCUAACAAACUCUUCGGCAAGAGCUUCAGACCCCCAGAGGUCUACACGCGAAAACCGUACGACCCGUUUAAAGUGGAUAGCUUUUGUUUGGGCUGGAUGCUGUAUUACUGCCUGACGAAGCAGCAGCUAUUUAAAAGAGCGCAGCCUUCUGAUGAAGGGUGGGUGCUGCUAGCUUCGGAGCAGCAGCAGCAACUGCGGGAAUUGCUGCAGCAGAAGAACGGCACGAAGCUGUCUCCUGCUGCUCUAGACUUCGUGCUGCAGCUCCUAAGACCGGAUCCAGUUAAGCGGCUGUCUGUCUCUGAAGCGUUGAAACACCCUUUUAUAACUCGAGGCCCUGUCUCUGCGGUGUAUGCACACACCUUGCUGCCACCGCAGCAGCCGCAGCAGCAGCAGCACCAUCAUCAUCAUCAUCAUCAUCAUCAUCAUCAUCAUCAUGCUGCAGCUACAGCAGGAAGAACAGCACAGCAGCAAACCGAUGCUGCAACUAAGCGACUGCAGCAGGAACAGCAGCAGCAGCAAGAGCAGCAACACCAGCUAGCGUCAGCCAGAUUCCUGCAGCAAAAGGCGCAAGCACUACAGCAGCAGAGAAUGCAUGCAUUUAAAAGGCAGCAGCAGCAGCAGCAGCUGCUGCAGCAGCAGCAACGGGGUGGAGCACCUGCUGGUGCAGGCGUGUGGACAGAGACGCGCCCCGGGCAGCAGCAGCAGCAGCAACAGCAGCAGCAGCAGCAAAGAAACGAAGGCCAGCCGGAGGCAGCAGAAGAACAGCAGCAGCAGCAGCAGCAGCAUCUGCUGCUGCAGCAGCUGCAGCAUCCCCGGCGUGCUUCCUUCAGCGUUUCCCAGCAGCCUUUGCAACAGCAGCAGCAACUGCAGCAACAGCAGCAGCAGCUACAGCAGCAGCAGCAGCAGAAGCACAAGCAUCCCCCGUGUCCUUGCUGCUGCACCUCUUCCGAGGAUGAGAGGAGCACAGACGCCUCUGCAGCACGAACACCAUACGGCAGCACGGAUGGAGGCAAGCGCCAGCUGCCGCUGCUGCUGCAGCAGCAACAGCAACAGCAGCAGCAACAGCAGCAAAUGCUUCGCAUGGGGCCGUCCCUAAUUCCUCCCAGUCUCGGUGAGGUGCCGGGGCUUCCAGUGGGGACGAGACGUGCAGCAGCAGCAGCAGCAGCAGCACCAGCACCAGCAGCAGCAGCAACAGCAGCAGCAGCACCGUCAGGCUGCUUCACUAACGACUUUGCUUCUCUUUCUCUUCAGGGCCUCAGCAGCCCCGCUCUCUCCGCCGCCAGCACAGCAGCAAAUAGCAGCAGCAGCAACAGCAGAAUGCGGUGCACCCCUUCUCUGCAGCAGCAAACAAAAGGCAGCAGCAGCAGCAAGCCCGACAUCGUAUCAAAGGGUUCCUGUCUAAGAGCAGCAUUAGCAGCACCAGCAGCGGCAGCACUACAGCGAGCAACACGACAACCAGCAGCAGCAACAGCAGCACCAUACGGCAGCACGGAUGGAGGCAAGCGCCAGCUGCCGCUGCUGCUGCAGCAGCAACAGCAACAGCAGCAGCAACAGCAGCAAAUGCUUCGCAUGGGGCCGUCCCUAAUUCCUCCCAGUCUCGGUGAGGUGCCGGGGCUUCCAGUGGGGACGAGACGUGCAGCAGCAGCAGCAGCAGCAGCACCAGCACCAGCAGCAGCAGCAACAGCAGCAGCAGCACCGUCAGGCUGCUUCACUAACGACUUUGCUUCUCUUUCUCUUCAGGGCCUCAGCAGCCCCGCUCUCUCCGCCGCCAGCACAGCAGCAAAUAGCAGCAGCAGCAACAGCAGAAUGCGGUGCACCCCUUCUCUGCAGCAGCAAACAAAAGGCAGCAGCAGCAGCAAGCCCGACAUCGGUGCAGCAGCAGCUGCUGCUGCAGCUGCUGCAGCAGAUCUCCCUGCUGUACCUCGGCAUGCAACCAGUAUCAAAGGGUUCCUGUCUAAGAGCAGCAUUAGCAGCACCAGCAGCGGCAGCACUACAGCGAGCAACACGACAACCAGCAGCAGCCACAGCAGCAGCAGCAGCAACAGCAGCAGCAGCAGCAGCAAAAGCAUCAGUUGA